UCAGCAUCCAGUGCCUAUUGUCCAUUGAAUGUUCUUACUUUAUUAAGUAUCUGGUAUCUGUCAUCUGGUUGGGAUGAAACAUACAACUGGGUGUCAUCAGCAUAACACUGGUGCAUUUGCCUGCAUGCAUGUGUCUUCAUAAGCGCUGGCUGGUUAUAUUGACAAUGAACAGACAUUGUGGUUGGGAUAUGGAUACAGCGUGACCGGCUGUCCGGUUGUCAAGUAACUGGUCUCACGUUACACACCUUCCAGUGUCUCUUAUUUAGGAUGCAUGAUGUCACAUACACUGUCGUUCACACACACACUCUUGCUCACUCUCCUCUCUGCAUCACAGCUCGCCAGACUGUUCUGUUCCUCAAGGACACAGCUUGGAGGCUGCUUUAACUGGUAUUUUGAUGUGUCAUUUGCCAGCUUGUACGUCUUAGAUGCCUUGAGUUUGUGCUGUAUUGCUUUAGUCAGACCGCUUAAGGACUCCAGAGUAUUCUAGUUAAUAUAGGCUGCAGUGUUGAAAGUUUUCAUAUUUUAGAAAGGUUCAAUAUUUGUCAGAUUUCACAUUUCUCUAGAUUGUGAGUACAGAGUGGUUAUAAGGAUGAGGUGCGUCACAGUUGUGCUGUGUUGCACUGUUCUGCUAAUGCAGCUGAUUAUGACCAGUUCACAAACUGCAGAGGAUUCAGCCAUUAGUGACUGUUCUCAGCUGGAUUCAUGUGAUCGAUGCACAAGUGGAGACCCUGCCCUCAAUCUGACACGCUGUAUUUGGAGAAGCUGUGACAAUGAUAAUAACACAAGAUGCAUAUCCGACACAGAAGACUCUGGAGACUGCGCCGUGUACAAUGACACAAACUCCUGCCCAUAUGACUCUUCUUCAGGCUCGGCACCAGAGCUGACCCAGGCAUCAUUUGACCUGUCCAGCUUCAUAGGUGGGAUCAUACUUGUGUUGUCACUCCAAGCAGGGGCCUUCUUUGCUCUGCGCUUCCUCAAGGCAAAAGACAGCACCUAUGAGACCAUUGACCAACCCCAGUGAGGAGGACAAACAGCAAGGAAUAGAAAAAACAAAUAUGGAAGAAUGGAACAGCAAGAAAUGAACAGAACAGAUGAGGCAGCUGGGAAUCUGGGGCAAAAGUUGAGAGAGCAACUCAACUUUUUAAGGCCCUCACCUAUUUGUUGGGGAGGGUUUGUUUUGUUUUGUUUUGUUUUGUUUUUGUAUUUCCAUAUAUUGGCAGAUGUACUUGUUUGGAAACCCGUAUUAAUCAGAUCACCAUUUUAUGUCUUCUGUCCUAGAUGGUUCUCCAGUCUGUUUGAACUGAUUUGUCAAAUGUUAUCUUUUUUUGAGUGAUUUUUUUUUUCUUUCAGCUCUGUUGUUGGUUUUAAGGUCGAUAAUUAUCAGUAAAUUAAAUCAGUAAAUCAUCAAUAUUAUAUUAUAUAUAGUAAAUAAAUUAAUACAUAAUAAAUUAAGUAUAGUUGUGUUUGACAUUUAAUAGAAAUGUGGUUUAGUUGCCUAUAAAAGUAUAAAUCUUUCAUUUACUGGUACACUCUUUAUAUUAUUAUUAUUAUUUAAAGUUACUCAGAGAUAUUUACAUUCAUUUUCUUUUUUUUUUUCAUUUUCAUAUUUUCAUUUAUUUAUCCAGCAAUACAUUAUUGCUUGGUAAAUAAAUGAAGUAGUUUACCUUAGGAUGCAAGUACCCAAUGUAACCUGUAGGGGGCAAUAUAGCAACACGCAUGAGUUCACCAUUCCUGACUGUCACUACCCGAUCCGUGUCUCCUGCCCUAUUGGCACGUUUUGUUAUGUUUUACGAGGCCGGAUCAUGUGUCAUUUCACGACAUUUUGUGACAUUUAAUUAUAGUAACACUAUUAGGAAUAGCAUCAAAUAUUCUACAUCAAAUGCUCUUUGAGUAACUGUAAUGUUUUAUUGCUUUGAAACUCAAUAAAACAAAUAAAACAUAUAUAUGGCCUUUUGCAACUGAGAAACUAAAAACAGCACUUACACCAUUUUGGGAAUCUGUUGUGGGUGAAAAAUGAAGGAAACAAAACACAAGGGAAAACGAGGGGUACAGAGAAAUGUUUUAUUAAGAAUAAGUAGGACUAGUGGGCGUGUAGUCUGUUGGAGAAGCAUAGCAGAAAGGGGAGAAAGGCUGAUAGUAUGGGGUGCACCCCGGAGAAGAAGUAGGACUCAACGGGGUAUCAGAAUAAUCAGGACUAGCAGGAGUAUAGGGCGGAGAGAAGUUGGAUUCAGGAUCAGAGCGAGCCAUGUCUUCAUCGUCCUCAGGGUAUUCAGAGGAAUGUUCAGAGGGUACAUAGGAGGGGAAAUCUGUCUGAGUCGAAACAUCAACGCCAAUCGUAGCUGGACUGAGCCUGUAUCUUAAAGGGGAUGGAAAAGUUGAGGUCUCGGUUGGGGUAUGUAGAACAUCGAUCAAGAGAGUCAAGUCUGCGAAUAAGUGAGACAGCUGGUAGGGGGUGUUCAGGUCUAAACCCUCCAAGCCUUCUAAGGACGAGAGCAGAAAGCCGAGUCCACUGUUACUAGCUACACAUGGACAAAACAUAGAGAAGAUAAAAAGGGAGGGAGAUGGAACUGGUUAAUCAUCUCAGGUCCCCCAAAAGAUAUGUAUACACGACUAAAAAUAUAGACAACAUAUGGCAGGUGAUAAUUACGUGACCCAGUGUAAGGCGAGUCGCAUGGGCUAUUUCAGUUACACACACAUUGAUGAGCAAAAGUCAAAAGGACAGAAAAGGUCCUAAAGCAUAACCAGUGUCCAAUGAGAGUAAACUAACUGAUGAUUGUAAAGAACUCUGAACUAUAGUUUGAAGUUUGAGUUGAUUAAGAACUCACCCAUGGUAGGUGUAUAUCAGAGAGAUAUGUUGUCUAGGUCUUCUCCCAGUCAAAGUCAGGCGUGAAUGAUGAAGAAAAGAAGAAAUUGGUUUUUAAAAACCUAAAUGGACGCUAGGGCAAUUCUAAGGGUAUUGAGAAAUGUUUAAAGGAAGAACAUAAUGGUUGUCAAAAUAAUGUCCAGUGUAAACUUAAUGGUUGUUGAAACUGAUGAAAAUGAGAACAUAAUGGGCAUUGGGGUAUAAAUAUGGUCAUACCUAUUGGUAUUAAAAAUAGACAUGGAGGGUGGAGGCUCAUAGCAAGACACUGUAUAAAAAGGGGAGCCCCGCUCUAGGGUUUUCAGAUCACUUUUG